AUGGUAUCCAACAUUUGGGUAGCAGCUGCCGACAACGACCAAGCACUUGUCAAAAAGUACAUCGAAUCUGGUGAGUGUACUGCAAAUAUAAAAGACGCUAAUGGCUACACCCCUAUCCACGCAGCUGCCUCUUACGGGCAUCUCGACCUUCUUCGUUAUCUCAUCGAGCAAGGCGGCGACAUAAAUAUUCAAGACGAAGAGGGUGACACUCCUUUACAUCACGUUGAAGAUCUAGCAACCGCUACUGCUCUUGUUGAAGAAUUCAAGGCAGACUACAAGAUCAAAAAUGGCGAGGGUCAGACGCCAGCACAGUACAUUGAAGAAGAAGACGAGUUCCCAGAACUUGCCAAAUACUUACGCUCAUUGACACAUGAUGAGCCAUCGUCCUCGCUAUUAGAUAAUCUUCCGGCACCAGGGGAAACCGAGGGUCACCAGAUUCGAUACACCAUGGAGGAGGACCAAGAAGGAGUCGAGAUGGACGAGGAGAGGAGGAAGAAGUUGGAGGCAAUCGUGAACAGUGAAAACCCGGAAGAGGCUCUCAGAGAGCUUGUCACAUCGGCCGUUAGAGACGGUUUGGCUCAAUACCACGGUGAUGAAGCUUCGGAUGCCAAAAGAAGGAAGGAGUAA